GGCCCUGGGAGAAGUUCAGAGUCGGAGGUUGUUCGGGUGGCGGCGGCGGCGGGACCUUCAGGGCGACGAUGGUGACGGCUGGAGGCGACGCGGGUGACGUGGCCGUGCCCACGUGGCGCCACGAUGGAGGCGCGUCCAGAAUCCCAUAUCCAUCACCGUCAUCAUCGGCAUCAUCAUCAUCAUCAGCAGCAGCUGCUGCACCAUCGUCAAUAUCAACAGCAGCAUCGGCACCACCAUCGUCAUCAUCAUCAGCAGCAACAACAACAUCAGCAACAACACUCCCGUCGUGGCCAUGGGAAGAUACCUGGAUCUGGACGGAUGGAACAGACCGCAUGGAGACCCAACCCAGCCAAGUGGCCUGGAUGACCAGGGCCCUUCGGUUAAGGACGAGGAGAGCAGCCCGCUGGCGCUGAAGCAGCCGGCCGCCAUCACCGCCGCCACCGCCACGACCAUUCCCAACGGAGCCGGAUUCAUAAAGAAGGCCGUCAGGAGCAAAGAGGAGCAGAUGAAGUUGGAACAGCCGUCGUCGCCGGUCUCUCAGCCGCCGUCGCCGGGGUGGAGGCCGCCAUCGCGGGUGCUGUCCCCUUCGCUGCAGUCGCCCUUCGUCAUGAACGGUGGCUCCAACCGCGUGCGCAAGAUCUCUCAGGGCAGCGCGGACGGCCCGCCGGGGAUUUAUUCCAACGGGCAGCCCGGCUCCCACAUCGGCUCCCCGCCGCCUGGCCUCACGUCACCCGCAGACAACGCCGCCACCACCGCUGACGACCCGGGGUUGCGCAGCGUGGUGAAGAAGAAAGUGAUCAAGGUGGUCCGGCGCGUCGUGCGGAAGCCGCGGUCUCCCGACGCCGAGAUGCAGGACGGCGGAAAGCCCGACGCUCCGAGCGGCGCGCCGGCGAUCGGCAAAGACGCCGGAUCGACGGCGCUACCGCCGCCGCCACCACCGCCCAGCUGCAACACCGCCGGUGGGAGAUCACCCGCAGCGUCGAUGGCGGUGGAGGUCACCAAAUCGGCAGAGCGACCGCCCAGGUCGGACGGGCUCGCAGCGAAGCACGGCCCGGUGCCACCGGCGGCACCGGCGGCAACGGCGACAACGGCGACAACGGCGGCACCGGCGGCACCGGCGGCCGUGGUGAACGGGAAGCCGGACGCCAUCUCCGAGGGCCUGGCCAGCCUCAUGUCGCGCGCCAAGACCAAGGAGCCGCGUCUGAGGGUGCGGCGAGUGGUGGAACGGAGGGGGGAGGAGGCAGCGACGGCCGUGGCACCGUCGCCGUCGCCGCAACCGCCCGGCGAGGAGGGCAAGGCGGAGGUGGCACCGUCACGGCCGUGGGGGGCGGUGUCUUCCAUCGACGAGGUGGCGCAGGGGGACCGGCGCGACGCGUCCGACAGCCAAGAUGCGGUGAUUUGCAACGUCCCCACCACGUUGGUCGCCAUGGAGCCCGUUAGGCAAGAGAUGACUUUUCCCCUUCCCACGCAAGAGAAUAAACCUGCGUCUGAAGCGCCCAAGGUGGAGCUCGAGCCGGUGCUCGCCAUUACCGAGCAACCAACGCCCUCCCAUGAGCCCUUGCAGCAGCAGCAGCCGCCACUGCCACCGCCGUCACCGCAGCCAGAGAAGAUGGAGGCCAAGGCUUCGCCUGAACUGCCCAGAACUGAGGAGGAGCAGCAGCAGCAGCAGCAGGGCUUCUAUGCGUGGUUCGAGGCCGAGAAGGUUUGGCUGGUGCGGAAAGACGGCUUCGUGGCCGCGACGGAGCUGAAGCCCGACGUUGGGACUCCGGAAAUGCCGGCGCGGAGACUCAAACUCAAGAUGGAGGAGCGGGGGACCAUCGUGGAUGUGGAUGAGGAAGAGGUGGAGAAAGCCAACCCGGCGGAGUUGGAGCAGGCGGAGCAGCUGGCGUCGCUGCUCUUCCUCAACGAGUCGUCGCUGCUGCACACGCUGCGCUCGCGGCUCGCGCACGCCAAGCCCUACACGUACGCCGGCGCGCACCUGCUGGCGCUCGCUCCGGCCCGCGGGGCGCCGCUGCACACCGACGAGGCGAUGGGGGCCGUGCGGUGCUGCCAGGGGGAGGCGCCGCCGCCGCCCCACGUGUACGCGGCGGCGCGCGCCGCCUUCCGCCGCAUGCUCGGCAGCCGCCAGGACCAGACGCUGCUCUUCCUGGGCGCCGCCGGCGCCGGCAAAACCACGGCGGCACGGCACGCGGCCGAGUACCUGGCCACGUUCGCGGCGCACGGCGCGCCCGGCGGGGGCCUGCCGGGAUCGCUCGCUAGCGCCCGCCCCAGCGGCGGCAGGAACGUCGUCGAGCCCUGCAAGAACAUCAGCGGGAGGCUGCGGGCCGCCUUCACGGUGCUUGAGUCGUUCGGUCACACCUCCACCGCCACCGCGGCGAUGACGGGUGGCGGCGGUGACGGCGGCGGCGGAUCGUCGCGCUUCGCCCAGCUCCUCUCGCUCGACUUCAACCAAUCAGGCCGUCUCGCCGCCGCCUCCGUGCAGACCAUGAUGCUGGACAGACUGUGCGUGGUGCACAGGGCCGAGGGAGAGCGUCCGUUCAAGGUGUUCCAGCAGCUCAUGGCAGGAGCCGAUGUCGCCCUGAGAACGGAGCUCUACAUGGGCACCUUUGCAGAUGUGAACGUGUUCGGAAUCGCGCCGCUAACGAAGCCCGAGGAGCGGCAGGCAGCGGCCUCGGAGUUCUCCGGGCUCCUCUCCGCCAUGAAGACCCUGGGGUUCGACGAGAAGGAGCAGCGAGGGCUCUGGCUGGUGCUCGCCGCGAUCUACCACCUGGGCGCCGCCGGCGCCACCAAAGUGGGGCGCAAGCAGUUUGCCCGCCACGAGUCGGCCCAGAAGGUGGCCUACUUGCUGGGCUGCACGCUGGACGAGCUGUCCACCGCCACCUUCAAGCACCACCUGCGGAACAUCGGGCUGGGGCCGUGCGGAGGCGGCGGGGGGCGGCCUUCGUCCGUGGGGGCCCACGGCUGCCUGGAUGAGACCUCGCUCGAUAGCACUCCAGGGCCAAAGCUGACGGCUCUGGAGUGCCUGCAAGGCAUGGCCAUGGGGCUGUACGGAGAGGUGUUCAACCUCGUCGUGUCGCUCAUCAACAGGUCAAUGAGCUCGUCCCAGCACACGCUGAGCUCCGUGCUGCUGGUAGACGCCCCGGGGUUCCGGACGAGCGGCGCGGCCGGGCCGGUCCGCCCCGCGGGCUCGCUCUCCGACCUCGCGCACAACUACGCGCAGGAGCGCCUGCAGCUGCUGUUCCACGAGCGAGCGCUCGCCGCUCCGCUCGAGCGGCUCCGCGAGGAGAACAUCGUGGUGGCCGUCGAGGAGGAGCCGCCGAGCUGCACGCCGUCCGUCAGCGCCGUCGACGCCGCUUCCCAGGCCGCACAGGUCCUGGGCAGCGGGCGGGGCUCAGUGGGGGUCGCGGGGGGCGAGCGGCGUGGCCUGCUGUGGCUGCUGGACGAGGCGGCCGCCACGCCGGGAGCCACGGACGACGACCUCGUCGAGAAAUUCGUCGCCGCGUUCGGACACACGGCCGACGACGCGGUGGCAGCGGUGCACAAGGAGGAUCAGCCGUGCUGCUUCAGCGUGCGGCACGCGCGCGGCGCGCUGCCCGUGCGGUACGACGCCGCCGGGUGGGUCGCCCACGCCAAGCACAACCCCUCGGUGCACAACGCCGCCACGCUGCUGCAGGACUCGCAGAAGGCGGUGCUCAGCGAGCCGUUUGCUCCCAGCGCCGGCGCCCUCCGGAUCCUGGGUGGCGCCAUCGCGGGCCUGGACGGGCCCUCGCAGUCGGCGUCUCGCCGCGCCGCCUCCGUGCGCCGCUGCCUCAGCACUGGCGGCACCGGCGGCAGGCGCCGGUCUCUGGCAGCGCACGUCAAGCUGCAGGUGGACGCGCUGCUGGACAUGGUGCGGAAGACCUACGUCCACUUCGUGUUUUGCCUGCGCCCGAGCGCGGCCCCCGGCGUCUUCGGCGUCUCCGGCACCGCCUCUGUCGACAUCCCGUUCCUGCGGGCACAGGCCCAGGCCUGCCAGCUGGUGGACGCGCUGCGUCUCCACAGGCAGGGUUAUCCCGACCAGAUGUCGUUCAGCGAGUUCCGCCGAAGCUUCGAGGUCCUCGCUCCGCAGCUGUGCAAGAAGCACGGGCGGCAGUACAUCGCCACCGACGACCGACGGGCUGCCGAGGAACUCCUGGAGGCUCUGGAUCUGGAACGGAGCACGUACGCCGUGGGCGUCAGCCAGGUUGUGUUCAAAGCCGGAGUGCUGGCGAGUCUGGAAUACCUGCGGGACUCUCAGAUCUGCGAGACGAUCGUCAACUUCCAGGCGCUGUGUCGCGGCAAGAUCGUGCGGCAGUGGAUACAGAAGAGAAAGGUCCAGGAUCUGGCCGUGCGGUGCCUGCAGAGGAAUUUCCGCGCGAUGGAGAGCGUGCGGCAGUGGCACUGGUGGCGCGCGUUCACCCUCGUGCGGCCCCUCGUGCCGCCCGCGGCCUCAGAGGAGCCCGCCAAGUACAAGGAGGAGGAGAUGGCUCAGCUCCGCGGCCGCCUCGAGAAGUCGGAGAAGGAUCGUCACGAGCUGCGGCAGGGCAGCGACCGGCUGGAGAGCAAGGUCACGGAGCUGCAGACGGAGCUGACGGACGAGCGCCGGCUCGCCGAGACGACGGCGCAGCUGUUGGAUGUGGAGGUGUCGGAGCGUCUCCGCGUGGAGAAGGAGUUACGCGAAGUGCAGGUGAGGUUUGAGGAGCUGAAGAAGAGGACGGCCGCCGUGGAGAUGGAGGUGUCGGAGGCGCGGAUGCUGCGCGCCACCGAGGCCAGCUCGGGCAUGGACGGGGCCGACGGGGGAGAGUGGAAGUCACGGUACGAGCGAGCGAUGCGGGAGAACGGGUACGCGCGGAAGAAGCUGCAGCAGGAGAUGGAGGACAAAGUGGACGUGGAGCAGCAGCAGAAGAAACAGCUGGAGCUCAAGGUGACGGAGAUGCAAUCGAGCGGCGAGGAGACCCAGCGCAGCCUGCAGAACCUGCAGCGCCGGUGCCAGCGCCUCGGGGCCGAGCUGCAGGACUGCCGCCUCCAUAUGGAGACGCACCAGGCGCGCAACCACGAGCUCGACAAGAAGCAGAAGAAGUUUGACGGCGAGCUGGCGCAGGCGCUGGAGGAGGCGAGCCGCGAGCGGAGCCAGAGGGAGCGUCUGACUCGCGAGCACGACGUCAUCUCCCUGGAGAUCAGCAGCCUCAACCAGCAGCUGGAGGACAAGGUGUUUGACAUCACGAUGCUCAACGAGAAGGUGGCGCAGCUGGAGAACGAGCUGCUGGACGUGACCACCCAGGGCUCGCACGACGAAGGCUCCGUGGCGAGCCUGCGCAAGCAGAUCCGUGACCUCGAGGCCAAGGUCAACGAUCAGGAGGAGGAGCUGGACGACCAAGCGGGCAAGAUCCAGCUCCUCGAGCAGAACAAGCUGCGGAACGAGAUGGAGAUGCAGAGGAUGAAGCAGAUUCACCAGAAAGAGGUGGAGAACAAAGAAGACGAGGUGGAGGAUGUUCGACAGACCUGCCAGAAACGGCUGAGGCACCUGGAGCAUCAGCUGGAGGAGGAUCACGAGGACAAGCAGAAGCUCGUGAUGCAGAAGCGAGACCUGGAGAGCAAGCUGGCUCUGCUGGGGGAGCAGGUCGGGCAGAGGGACUUCGAGUUGGAGAAGCGGCUAAGGAGGGACCUGCGGCGCACCAAGGCGCUGCUCGCUGACGCGCAGACCAUGCUGGAGCACCUGAAGGAGAGCGCUCCCAGCCGGCGGGAGAUCGCGCAGCUCAAGAACCAGCUGGAGGAGUCGGAGUUUGCGUGUGCGGCCGCUGUGAAGGCCCGCAAGGCCCUGGAGGCCGAGGUGGAGGACCUCCACCAUCAGCUGGAGGAGAUGACGCGGAACAAAGUGGCGCUGGAGGAGCAGAUGGUGCGUCUGCAGAGAGAGAAGACGGACCUCCAGGGGAGGGUGGAGGAAGACCAGGAGGACCUGGACGAGUUGAUUAAGAAGCACAAGGCUCUCGUGGCCCAGUCGUCCACAGACCUGGCCCACAUCAACGAGCUGGAGGUCAACCUGGGCGACGCCGCGCGGGAGAAGGAGGAGAUGGAGGAGAAGGUGCAGGUGCUCCAAGCACGCGUUGCCUUCCUGGAGCAGUCCAUGGUGGAGCGCUGCAUCGUGAGCCGCCAGGAGGGGAGGAUCCGCGACCUCGAGUCCAAGCUCGAGUUCGAGAAGCUGCAGAUAAAGCGCUACGAGGCGCUGGCGCUGCGGCUCAAGGAGAACAUCGACCGCGUGAGCAGCGAGCGUGACGAGCGCGGCGCCAGCGAGGGGCGCGAGAAGGAGCAGAACAAGCGGCUCCAGAGGCAGAUCCGAGACGUCAAGGAGGAGGCGGCGGAGCUGGCGAAGCGCGAGGGCGAAUCCAACCGCAAGCGCCACGAGCUGGAGCUGGACAUGGCGAGCCUGGAAGCCGCGAACCAGAGCCUGCAGAGCGACCUCCACGCCUCCUUCCAGAGGAUCAGCGACCUCCAGGCGGCCAUGGAGGACGAGAUGGCGAGCGACGAGAACGACGAGGCGGUGGACAGGGUGCAGGAGCUUGUCGCGAAGUACCAGCGGAAGAAGAACAAAACUGGGGGCGACGAGGACGAGGACUCGGAGGUGGAGGAUCGCGUUGACAGCGUCAAGUCGUGGCUCUCCAAGAACAAGGGCAGCCCGCCGGGCGACGUCCCGGGGGGCGGGGGCAAGACCCCCUCAGACGAGGGCAGCCUCAAACCCUCCUCCAAGUUCAACCUGGACGGCAAGGACGCGGGCGACGUCCGUCCGGCGUCCGUCAUGAGCUCGCUGAGCUACCGCAAGCGCAUGAGCGGCCAGCACGACAACAACGACGACGACGACUCCCAGUCGCUGCUGUCGGCGCUCAGCAGGGACUCGGCGGCCGAGCAGGCGUCCUCGCUGCGCAAGUCCAAGAAGGCCUCCAGCAUGGAUGACCUCGACGACGUCAAGUCGUGGCGCAGGUCCCUGCCUUCCGCCGCCGACGACUUCGACGACGACGCCGCGAGCGUCUCAUCGCGGCCGUUCGCGCGUCGCCCCAGGAACGGCACGGCCGGCGACAAGCGGUGGUCGCUCGCCAACCUCGAGAAGGACGACGACGCUAAGUCGGACUUCUCGUUCGUGCCGUCGCUGCGCCGCAUGGCCUACGACAAGGGCGACGACGCCAAGUCCGGCGCGGGCUUCAGCGGCCGGAGCUCCCUCUCGCUGCCAGCGUCCUGCGUCCGCCGCCUCCUUCGGAGACGGCAGCGGCGUCGGCCUCGGCUACGGCCUGGGACGGCGCUCCGAUUUUGGCGGCGGCGGCGCGAGCCCGAGCGUCGGUCGCGGCCGGCUGGACUCGGGCGCGCUGAGCCCCACGCCGUCGUCGCUGCGCCGCUCCGAGCUGGGCGGCACGGGCGCCUUGCCAGGCUCGCGCCCCGAGUCGCGGUCGUCCGUCUCGUCCUGGUCCAAAGGCGGGGGCUACGGCGAGUCGGCGGGGCGUGGCGGCGGCGGCGACGGCGGCGACGACGGCCGGACGUCGGCGCUGGCGCGCAGCCUCUCGGUUCCGCCGCGGCCUCAGAGCGCCCUCGAUGGCGGCGGCAGCUACCGCGGUGCCGACGCGACGGACGACGUGAAGCCGGUGACGCACCGCAGCUGGCUCGACCCCGAGCUGGAGGCGGCCAUCAACGAGGUGCUGAGCUACAAGCCCGUCAAGCCCAAGCGGCGCAACUACUCGGCCGUGUCGGACGACGACACCGCCGCCGCCGGCGACGCUGACGACGACCGGAUGAGCGUGAGGAGCGCCAAGAGCGUGCAGGCGAACGGCGGCGGGGAGACGCGCUCCUCGCAGAUCCGCAGGUCCUACUCCGCCAUGGACGUCAACGCGCCAUCGUCGAUCGGGAAGAAAAAAUCAUCGCACGGCGGC